AUGGGUAAAGGAGAAAAUGCUGGUCUGCUUCAGGCGUCCAAACUCCAGCCCAAGAUCAAGAUCGAUAUGGAGAGGGAGUUUGACCGGGUUGCAUUCGAUAGCCACCGUGAUGAACACACUCAGAUCCAGAAUCGACUGCAGCGGCAAGCCCGAACAUAUGGAGCUCGUUAUGAACCAGAUAAUACCCCGAGAGAGCCGCCACAACAGCCUAUACCGUCUAGCGACCAGCAAGAGCCCCCACUAGCGCUGCGGCCAAAGGAAGCAGAGGUAGUGACUCCAGAACAAGACGCCAGCCAGCAAGAAUAA